AUGGCCCUCGUCAGUCUAUCAGUUGAGUAUCUCGUCUUCCUAGGCGAUCUACUCGCUGAAGGGGUCACAGGGCUACUUCUAGAAAACAGCGAGCCAAUUCUUGCUGACGAAAAUCACGAAAGAGCACGCCUGCAAGACAGCAUCAAGGACAACAUCGAGCAAAUAAGUCAAAUCGAGUCUUCGAUACAAACCCUAUCCAGCCAACUUAGCAGUCAGCUCCUCAACCUACGAUCACCUCGGCUUACGGAAUACCUUAACAAAGUUUCCGCGCGCUAUGAAGUAGUCUGUUUCGAACUCGAGAGCUGCCUUCUGGAGCAAACGACACGGCUGCGCGUGGAGUGGACUAAGGCACCGUCAUACAGCCAGACUCGCCUUGAAGCGGCAUUGCACUCAUGUGUAUGUGUCCACGUCGGAGGAAUCCAGGAUUGCCUGAGAGACGUCCACUCCAUCCUCCUGUCCCAAGACAAGGGCUCCCUUUUGAAAGUCGCCCGCGAGGUGGCCUUGGAGGAAUCCACUGAUUUCCUCUCCUUUUACUGCAAGAUGAAGGUCUUCACCAUGCAUUAUUGGAUUGCGCAGGCCAAAGGGCUAUUGAUGCUCAAGAUGGCAAGAAACUGGCCCAGAGUUCAUUUCGCGGAGGCAGACGACACGAUCGAGUGUCUUCAGAGUAACUUCGUUCUUCAAGAACAGAUUUUCGACGAAGUUGUUGGUUCUGAAGUCAUCAGCCUUGUGAAAGGCGUGAUGAGGAAUCCUAAUGGUCUGGCGAUGGUUGACCUUCACACUGAAGACAACAGUCGGCUCACACCUCGUUUCGACUGGGAACUCGAAGUCCACGUCUUGAAACUAUCGUCCGAGGAAGACGAACAACACCCUUGGCCAUUGAGAUCUAUCUCUGCGAUUGAUAAACCAGUACCUAGCGGUUCAUAUGCCUUUGAGCUAAUCAGUUUGAGCCCCAAGGACAGUGGCUCAUUGCUCGUAUCUGCACCUCAUUCUUCACCUUGCAUCAUGUGA